AUGCAGAGGCUUGCAACUGAUGAACAAAUGAUUUUAGAGUCAAGCAAGUCGUUAAAUGUGCUUUAUGUAUAUGAUGGCACAUAUGAGCCUUACCUCAUUCACUGGCUUUUUCCGCUUCAAAUAGCAUUCAAACAGGCGCCACCUACGGCUGAGCAUUCAUAUGAAUUGUCGAUGUACUUACAUAUUUUGGCAAAAAACAUCUACCCAUCUUGGUUGGAAAUAUUUGCAAUGGCAGAACGAGUUAUGACUACCCUUGAAAAAGAAGACAGAGAGCUCUUUGCUCAUCUCCAGUACAGUUUCCAAAGGAAUAUAACAUUUGACCCAAAAGAUUUCUUAGUAGAACUAAUAUCUCUAGAAAGGGAAGAGGGAUUAAAACUGUAUGCAGAUCCAGGGGAGAUGGAACGUUCUUCUACUUUUCAGGAGAAACUACUAGCAAGUCCAGUUAUUUUCAUGAGAAAGUGGAUGGGUGAGGGUUUUGUUAAUUCUUUAGACUUACCUGCAGUGCUGUUGAUUUGGGAUCAGUUGUUUAUGCAGGAUUGGAACCGCAAUGUCAUGGAGAACUUCUGCCUUGCAAUACUUAUGUUACUGAAAGAUUCAUUUAUGGAUGCUAAAGAUUACGCAUCCAUAAGACAGAUAUUUUUGCAUGAGGCAAGUCAUUUAUUUACUGCUGAUAUACAAAGAGCCUGGAUUCAUUUGCAGCAAGGUGGAUUAGUUGCUGAUAUUCAUGGGAUGAACCGAGUGAAAGAAAGCAGGAUAUUCGGGGAGCUGUCUCCAAGGCUCUUAGCUGAAAGGGAUCCUAGGAGUUUCAGAGAAAUUUUGCCAAUAAGUAUAAACGAUACAGUACUGAAGUUGUUCUUGCCCGUACGCAACAAGGAUAGAUCAUCAAAUGCUUGGAUAGAACAAUUUGACCCCCUUGCCGUAAAGCUGACUGUUUCUGUGUUUUAUGGUCCUGUGAAGUUACGUUCCAAGACAAACUCUUUGAAACCCAGACUGCUGGAAAAAGCCAAGGAAAAUGAAGCCAACAAAAAUGAAGUUAUUGUAUUUACUUUACAAUUUAAUGACCAUGUGGAGAACACUUCAAUACUGCUGAAACAUACAAGUACUGAGGACUCAUCGCAAAAAAUUGCAAAACACGUUGCCAAAGAAGGAGACUGGAGAGAAAAAGGGAAGGAGGACAAGCUUCUACAUGAAACAUACCCUCAGACGCAGCCGGAGGAGCGAGACUCGGCUAAAAUAUCACCAAACAACCCACACAGCAGAAAGACUGCCCCGUCUGACUUUAACUCACAGGCUGUGCCGUCUUGGUCGAAGAACCCCGGCAUGGCUGACAAAUCACUACACUUCACCGGGCAGUCGGAUGAGAAAGUACUUGAUCACUUGGACCCCAUACCGCAGUCAGAUGAAAGGGGAAAUCUCUCUAAAUACAUAUCACAGUUCCUACAAAGCCCAGAACGACCUAAACUACUGAACACCUGCCUUGUGAAAACUUAUGGUGUCAAACCCUCUUGCGGCAGUAUCUGGCUUGAUAACCUGGAUCGUUACAUAGCUGCAUACUGCACGGCCAUGCAGGAGUCUCAGCCACUCAAUCCCAGCACUGCAGUGCCCAUUACACGACCUGCAAACAACUCAAAACCUCUGUCUCUAAAUGAAGCAGAUGGAGCCAAUUUUUGCAUACUCAGGACUCCCGGUACCCCACAGGCUCACCAAGAACUCUGUAACAUCAAAAAGGGACACAAAAGACAUUCUCCGAUUAAGGAUACCUAUUGCUCCCACAGUGAUGGACGCUUCCCAGCCACAGGAGAGGGGUAG